AUGGCUGUCUCCCCUGCUGCAGCAGCACGAGCAGCAGCAGCAGCAGCAGCAACAGCAGCAGCUGAAGCAAUGACGGCCUCAGGUGUAAUAGGAGAGGGGCCGGUACAGGGUGAAAUGCAGCAGCUGCAGCAGCAGCAACAGCAGCAACAGCAGCAACAGCAGCAGCAGCAGCAGCAACCAGGUGAGCUGUCUGCUGUUGCAGCAGCAGCUGCUUCUGCUGCAGCUGCUGUCUUUGAUAGCCAAGUAAAAAACUGCGCGAUGCAGAUGCUGCUGCUGCUGAAAGAAGACCCGCAGCAGCAGCAGCAACAGCAGCAGCUACAGCAGCAACAGCAGCAGCUACAGCAGCAGAUACAGCAGCAGCAGCAGCAGCAGCAGCAGGAGCUACGCUAUAGGACGCAGCAACAAAUGCAUGCAGAGAUAGAGAGGGCGCCUCGUCGGGGCCGGCGGGGGCGACACAGCAGCAGCAGCAACAGCAGCAGCAGCAGAAAGGGGAGAAGCAGCAGGAGGAGUCCGAGCAGCAGCAGCAGCAGCAGCAGCAGUAGCAGCAGCAGCACGAGCAGCAGCAGCAGCAGGAGGGGCAGCAGGGAGAGGUGCAGCCGGUGCAUGCAUCUGCACUGCAGCAGCAGCAGCUGCUGCAGCCGCAAUAGCGGCACCUGCAGCACACGGCUUAGAGAUCCGGGAGAUCUAAUUGGCAGCAGCUGCAGCAGCAGCAGCAACUGCAGCAGCAGCAGCAACUGCAGCAGGAGCGACAACUGCAGCAGCAGCAUCAGCUGGAGUAGCAGCAGCGAUCGUAGCAGCAGCAGCAACUGCAGCAGCAGCAGCACCUGCUGCCGCAGCAGCAGCUGCUGCAGCAUUUCAGCUGCGCGGGCGGCAGUGCAGAGACAAUGGCGCCACCAGAAGAAACAGCAGCAAAGACGUAGCAGCAGCAGCAGCAGCAGCAGCAGCAGCAGCAGCAGCAACUGCAGCAGCAAGAACACUGAAACGAAACUAGAAGCAAGACAAGAGCAGCAUACAUGGACAGCAGCAGCAGCGCGAAAGCUGCUGCAGCAACUCAAACCAGCAGCAGACCCAAUCAAGCAAUGGCUGUCUCCCCUGCUGCAGCAGCACGAGCAGCAGCAGCAGCAGCAGCAACAGCAGCAGCUGAAGCAAUGA